UCCUUUUAGCCCCCACUGCCCCACACACACUUCAUUCAUUUCUGUACUUCCAUAAAGAAAUUAAAGAUAAUGUCCAAAAUAUUGUUGCAUUGGAGAAAGGAUUCAGGAGAGCUUGAAGUGUUCGAGGCUGCAAACUAUUUUUCCGAAGCUAAUGAUCAUCAAAUUUCUUGCCUUAACAAUGCUUUCACUUUCUCUCACAAGCUUAUCAGAGAAAGCUGCUGCAACAAUCAAGCCUGGAGAAGUAGUGGAAGAAUGAGCUUAGACAUGUCCGUAGCGAUUCGACAUUCAUCCACCCCAUUUGCUGCUCCUCAAAUCAAACAAGGCACAUCUUCAUCAGUACAAAUAAUGGAAAAACCUGCAGCCCUGAAACAGAAGUGUAAGCAGCCAAAUUCUCCAGGAGGAAGGCUAACCAGCUGCUUGAAUACCCUCUUCUACCUAACAGUUAGCUCCAACAAGAAGAAGAAGAAAAAGAACAAGAAAUUGAUAUCUGCCAUGAAAGAUGAUAAUGAAGAUGAACUCAACGGAAGCACCUUAUCAAACACUGCUCACAACACUACUACAUCUUCAUCAUAUCCAUCCAAUCCCAGAAACUCAUGCAAGGAUAGUCACAUCCCAGAAAAGGGGCUUGAGUUCACCAGUGAGAGUCCAGAGAGGAGUAGUGUUCAUCACUGGGCCGAUAAAUAUCCAUCAGAAGAGAAUGAGCAUAGAAAGUUGGAUGAUGGUGAUGGAGAGGGGGAUAGUGAUUGUAGCUCUGAUCUGUUUGAUUUGCCACACAGAGAAUUAUUGGAUUGCUAUUCAACUGGUUUGCCUGUUUAUGAAAUCUAGGGUUUGAUCAGCAAGUUGAUUGCGCAACUCGUAAUUUACCUCAGGAUUUUGUGGACUUAGGAUUAGUCUGGCAAAAUUGGAUCACCUAAGUAUUAAAAAAAAUUGAUCAGAAGUGAUGAAGAUUCUUUGUACAUAGAGUACACAUACAAGGGUGGGAGCUGAGGACAGAUUGGGUGGUUAGCGAUUUAACUCCUUCAACGUUCUUGGAUAGGGGUUUUGAGGGCUUAGAAUUAGCCUAGCGAAGGUGGGAAAUUUAAUGUAUCAAAAAAAAAAAAGAUUGGUUCUAAAAUUUAUGACAUAGUGAAUUGUGUUCA